CCAGGUAUUUCCAUCACAAGUUUUUGUAAUAGAAAUAGUCUUGGGUGACACUGAACUCAAAAACGGCAGUGCUUUUCAUAAUGUUAUUGUUACUCCAAAAACUAGUGCUACGCGGAUAAUGAGUAGAAACUGACCAUCAAAUGAAGCUACGAAUAAAUACACUUUUGUGGUAAAUCGUCUAGCCAUUCCAAGAAGAAGAACCCACAUCAGUUAUCACAUAGUAAUCUGUGUAUUGUAGGUGCAUGCAGUUUGAGCUGUAGUAGAGCAAGUGGCAUUUUCAUAAAUUCAGUGGCUGAGAAACAUUUUAUUUUCACUUGUGAGCUAUUUGAGGCAAGCACAUGCAUGAAAGAAUCCGAGGCAGUAAUUGGGAAAAGUCGUAAUCUACACCGUAAUUUCCUUUAAUACCCUUCAAUUCGAGACAAAAUUGCCAGUUAUUGCAACAGUUUUACUGGGCACCUAAGACAUUGGGACACGUUGGGGCAAUAGCCGUCCACCUUUCGGAGAAAAAAACACCGUCGCCAAUUAAGUGACCGCCGUCAUUAUGGAGCAUUCGACAAAUGACACUACUUCGGGUGGAGCACCGCAUCACAACUACAAUCCUGGCGAUACUGGAUUCGUACUCGCGUCCACGGCACUGGUCUGGUUGAUGAUUCCAGGAGUGGGAUAUUUUUACUCUGGGAUGGCACGGUCCAAAAGCGCCUUGUCUCUUAUCAUGCUGAGCUGUUGGUCCAUUGCUGUUGUCUCAGUGCAGUGGUUCCUGUUUGGAUUUUCUCUCACUUUUAGCAAGACCGGGUCCUUUUUUGUGGGGAAUUUCGACCAUGCACUUCUCAACGACGUUUACAACGAGCCGAACGUGGUGAAUAAUGCGAUACCAGAUUUAGCAUUUUGCAUUUAUCAAGGAAUGUUUGCAGCGAUAACGCCGGCCUUGGCUAUUGGUGCUGCUGCGGAGCGAGGAAGAUUUUUACCGACGACAAUUUUCAUAUUUUUAUGGACUUCAUGCGUAUACGAUGUGUUAGCAUACUGGACCUGGAACCAAAACGGCUGGGGCGCAAAAAUGGGUGGUCUCGACUUUGCUGGGGGAACGCCAGUGCAUGUGUCGAGUGGCGCUGCGGCUCUGGCGUACGCGGUGAUUUUGGGUCAUCGCGAGAGGGCUCAUGAAAAAGAAGAGUUCAAACCGCAUAACAUGUCGAAUGUCUUUCUGGGGACGGCUUUCCUUUGGUUUGGUUGGUUCGGUUUCAACGGUGGCUCAGCACUGCAACCAAAUAUUCAAGCAGUGAUGGCCUGCUUUGUGACGAACUUGUCUGCAUGUGUAGGAGGUAUCACCUGGGUCCUGCUGGACUACAGGCAUGAGAAAAAGUAUUCUGCUCUCGGAUUUUGUGCUGGAGCCGUUGCUGGAUUAGUGUGCAUAACUCCUGCCUGUGGAUACGUUGGACCUGGAAGCAGCAUCGCAUUCGGAGUGUGUGGCGCUAUGGCAUGCAACUUGGCCUUAAAUUUCAAGCGGUUCUUGCCUUACGAUGACGCUCUCGAUGUUUUUGCUGUGCACGGCGUGGGUGGGAUUGUAGGAAACCUUUUGACUGGCAUAUUUGCACAAAAGAGCUACGCAUUCGACACCAUCGAAGGUGGUUUCCUUGAUGGGCACUACAUGCAAAUUGUACACCAGUUGGCGGAUACUGCUGCCGGACUUGCAUGGAGCUUCGUAGUGACUUUCAUAAUCUUGUGGAUUAUGAACAAAAUCCCCGGACUUAGCCUCCGCGUUGACAUUGAGGUGGAAAGGGCUGGCCUUGACCAAGCAGAACAUGGGAUUAGUUGUUACGAGCAUGUGGAGGAUGUCAAAGGGAUGAGUCAAAGCAGUCAGAUUCAGUUUGGGAACAUCCAAUUUGGAAUGGGCUCCAACAAUGGGAAUCAUCAAAAUGCUCAGUACAAUUACAAAAGCGGGGUCGUCAGCGUUGGCCUUCACAAUACGAAUGCAUUUCAGGUGGAACAGUCAAGAUUAUAGAUUAAUUUCACCAAGAUUACUUACGAGUUAAGACUUUUAUCAUUUUUUCAUCAAUUAAUAUAAUAUUUUAUCCAUUUUAUUUUAAUUAAAAGUUUUAUUUCACUUUAUAAAUCGUGCGUACACAUAAGCAUUACAUGUAUUAUUUUUAUGAUAGACAAGAAGAUUAAAAUUUUAUCAUGUAACAUUCACAAGAAAAUGAGGCAGUUUUAGGAGAAAAAAUAAUUGAAGCGCAAAUAAAUAUUUGAGAAGUGUAGCAAAUAAAGAGCUUUCUGAUGCAUUAGUAAAUGAUUA